AUGCCACUCGCUAUUACGCAGGCGGCGGCAUACAUCAAUCAACGAACACCACGCGUCACCAUAUCAACGUACCUCGAGGCCUUAAAGAAGAGUGACGAUGAGCGAGGCAAACUCCUCCAGAAGGAUAUUCGCGAUCCAAGACGAGAUGGAAAGGCCUCGAACUCGAUCAUGGCUACCUGGUAUAUUUCGUUUGAGCACAUCCGACGGGAUCGGGAUUCAGCGGCACGACUCUUAGCGCUGAUGAGCCUCUUUGAUCGCGAAGGGAUCCCGGAUUACCUUCUCCAUGACAAUUAUCGUGAGGAUGGGGAGAGACUGGAUGACUUUGAAGAAGAUAUUGCCAUGUUACGAAAGUUUCACCUCGUUGAUAUCGGGAGGGACAAUAUCGGGAGGGACAAUAGAUUGUUCGACAUGCACCGCCUUGUUCAGUUCUCGACAAAGAAAUGGCUUGAGCAGCACCACGAGCUGGAAAGGUGGCAGUGUCGGUAUAUUGAAGUCUUGAGUGAGGCGUUUCCGACAGGGAAAUACGGGAGUUGGCAAACAUGUCAGGCUUUAUUCCCGCAUGUGGAAAUAAUGGCAGGAUAUCAAGUCGAAGAUGAGAAGUCGCGUCAACACUUCGCGUCUGUCCUAGAUCGAGGAGUGUGGUACGGCUCUGAGACUGGACGGUAUGGGGUGGCGGAGAAGAUGGCACGGAUGAGUCUACAAGUUCGAGAGGAAGGGCUCGGCCGCGACCACAUCAGAAGUCUGAAUAGUGUGGGCAAUCUCGCAAGAGUGCUACAGGAACAAGGGAGGUACGAUGAGGCGGAGGAGUUGAACCGACGGGCACUAGCUGGCUGCGAGAAGACAUUAGCAAUGGAUCAUCCCAACACGUUGAUGAGUAUGGAAAAUCUCGCAGUAGUGCUACAGAGGCAAGGGAAGUUCGAUCAGGCGGAGGAGUUGAACCGACGAGCACUGGCCGAGAUGGAGAAGGUGUUGGGAAUGGAUCAUCCCAACACGUUGAACAGUGUCUCUAAUCUCGCAUACAUACUCGACCUCAGGCAAGAGCGAGACAAGGCCCUGGAACUAUAUGGCCGUGCUGUCAACGGUUUUAUGAAGGUCCUCGGUCCAGCACAUCCCAAAACCCUUGAUUGUCAGAGAAACCGGAGCUCGUUGAUAUCAAGGAUGAGCACAUCCUAA